AUGCCGCGCUCACCGGUGCCCUUCCUGCUGUUGCUUCUGCUGCUGCCGCCGUUGGCCGUGGGCCUCGGGCUCCACGGCGCGGGUGGCCGGCGCCCGGAGUGCGGUCCGUGCGGCCCGGAGCGCUGCCCGGCCCCCGCGCGCUGCCCUGCACCCUGGAUGUCUGCGCUGGACGAGUGCAGCUGCUGCGCGCGCUGCCUAGGCGCCGAGGGCGCGAGCUGCGGGGGGCGUGCCGGUGCGCGCUGUGGCUCGGGCCUGGUGUGCGCCAGCCGCGCCGCGGGGGCGGCGCCCGAGGGCACCGGGCUCUGCGUGUGCGCGCAGCGAGGCGUUGUCUGUGGCUCCGACGGCCGCUCCUACCCCAGCGUUUGCGCGCUGCGUGUGCGCGCCCGGCACGGGCCCCACGCGCACCUCGGUCACCUGCACAAGGUGCGCGACGGCCCCUGCGAGUUUGCUCCUGUGGUCAUCAUUCCACCCCAGAGUGUUCACAACGUCACCGGGGCACAGGUGUACCUGUCCUGUGAGGUGAGGGCCGUGCCUGCCCCAGUCAUCACAUGGAGGAAGGUCACGCAGUCUCCUGAGGGCACCCAGGUGCUGGAGGAAUUGCCUGGGGACCAUGUCAACAUAGCUGUCCAGGUGCGGGGAGGCCCUUCCGAUCACGAGACCACGACCUGGAUUAUAAUCAAUCCACUGAGAAAGGAAGAUGAAGGAGUGUACCAGUGCCAUUCGGCCAACACGGUUGGGGAGGCCCAGUCCCACGGCACGGUGACGAUCACAGAACUGAGGACUUAGAAACGCUGAUCACAGGAUGAUGGAAAAGUCAAGUCAUGGAUUGCUCUGCUUUGUGAAGAGUUGGAAAAACUGUUUGUAGAUGACUCCUUUUGUAUGUUUUUAAAAAUUAGAUGCAAACUAGGUUCAUACAUAGUUUUUAGCCAGGCAAACGUUGGGAAAACAAAUGCAUGUUGCUUUUUUUAUACUUUUGGAAUGAAUUGCUCUGCGAGAAUUCUUAACUACUCCUUUCAGGGAAGAUCACGUGAUGGUAUAUUUGUAAUUCCAAAGGGCUGGAAGCCAGGCAUGUGUCCACUGUGAAUCCCUACCUCAGUUGUUCAGGACUAAUUAGCGAGUGUUCCUGUUACUUAGUAUGUGCUGUGGAAGGAGGGAAGCAGGCUCCUCACUCUUCUCUGCCUGCCCUUAACUUGCUGUGUGACCUAGAUGGGUCCCUCCCCUUCUCUGGACCUUGGUUUCUUCACCUGUGAAUAUGGCAUUUGGACUAGUUGUUACCAGUGUCCCUUCUAGCCCCGCCAUCCUAGAGUAAGAAGACCCUACGUCAGAAAUACAGAAAGUGUGGUCUUAUUGUUCUUUUUGGACUGCUAGUCUUCAAAAACAAAUGCCAUUAAAAACAACAACAAAACAAAACAAAAAAAUGCUAUUGCUUCAUACCACAGCUAUUCUAUUCCUGCCUUUUCCCCAUUUUAUAAAGAAAUUUAGUCCUUGAUAGGACAGUUCACCAGACUCUGGAGCCCCUUGCCUUGGCUUUUGGGGACCAAGGUAUAUCCACUUGUUGGCCCAGCAUUCUCCAGCCAGGAUGGGCAGUGAGACUUGGCUUCCGGACAUCCAACUGUAAAAACAGUGUGACAUGGUGUCUGCAGGGUGUGGAAUUAGAGUGUGGUACACGGAAACCCUGGUGGCGUAGUGGUUAUGCAUUAUGGCUGCUAACCAAAACAUCGGCAGUUCAAAUCCACCACGUGCUCCUUGGAAACUCUAUGGGGCAGUUCUACUCUGUCCUAUAGGGUCGCUAUGAGUCAGAAUCGACUCGAAGCAGUGCGUAGACUACAUUUUACAGAUGUUUUGACCCCACGCAAGAAUGAAGCUUUUUUUUUUUUUUAAUGGAAAAAGAGGGAGAAUGUUUACUCCCUGGGCUAAAAAAGUAGACCCCCUAGGUGAUUAAAAGUUUUUGAAGUCAGAAUUGGGAUCCUUCCCAUUUGGACGGUCCUUCAGGGUCAUGAAGCACUUUCCCAUCUGUGAUCACUCCCCGACUCCGUGAGGAAGGGCAGGACUGGUGUUAAUGUCUCUCCCUGUUCACAGAUGAAGAAACCAGGCUCCGGAAGGUAAAGCCACUUGCCCAAGGUCUGAGCCUAUAAGCAGGACUGGAACUCAGGGCGCCUGGCCUUCCUCUUCACUCUUUCUGCUACACGGUGCUGUUUCUCAGGAUAAUCUCACAACUGUGUAAAGUAAGGUGCUGCCCAGUCCUCAGAUUCCAGGGAUUCUUAUCAAGGUUCAUCUCAGCUUGUACUGCACACUCUCACGUCCCUCAUGUUGGCCGUUACAUUUUGAACUCCUUGUUGGACUUGAACUUUCUGCCUUUAAGCCUGGCCAUUCCACUUCUGAAAUAUGGGGAUAGUGUCACUCUGACAUACGCGUGGUAGAGGAGACUGACUUGGGAAUUUGGAAACCUGGGGUCCAUUUGUGAAUUUGUCCCUGACAUGCUGUGUGACCCUGAGCAAGCCCCUUCCACUUUCUGGGCCUCAGUUUCCCCACUUAAAUAGGAAGGGAAUGAAACUAGACAGAUGGCUUCCAAGCUUUAAGACAGUAGCCCAUUCUUUGAAUAAAAUCAGAAUUGAAACGGAUCCAGGUGAAGCUGCUCUUGUCUGUUGGGAGUUGGGGUUGCCAGGGUCCCUGCUCACAUCCCCUCCCCACUCAGCUCCUCCUACCCUUCCCUUUCCAGAUCUGAGGGUCUGCAGUUAAUUCCCCUAGGCUUUGAGUGGUUGGCACAUGA